AUGGGAAGAAGGAAGGAUUUAUCAAGCCAAGAAAGGCAAGCCAUGGCCUUCUUUCUUCUUCAAAACUUUACAGAUGGGAAGCUCCGACAUGGGACUAUCACUGCUGCCAUGGCGAAGUGGGGGUGUUGUCGAAGCUCCGUCGCGCGUUUAUGGCAGGCUGCAAAAAAGGAGCACGCACAAGGUCAGUUAGUCUCCGUUCAAAGCAAAAAAAUCAACAAAUGUAGAAGAAAAAGAGUGCAAAUAGAUUUAGAACUCAUAGCUAGUCUAGAGUUGCACAAAAGGGGAACCAUUCGAAGACUUGCAACAGGUAUAAAUUGCUCGAAAAGUACAGUGGGUAGAUGGAUCUCUAAGGGGCUGAUCAGAGCUCAUUCAAGUGCUAUCCGACCCGAUUUGACGGCCCCCAACAAGUUAUUGAGGCUACGGUUCUCUCUUGAACAGAUUGUGUAUGAUAGGAUAUGCAAUGUCCUAAAGUUCAAGAAUAUGCACAAUGUAGUGCAUAUUGAUGAGAAGUGGUUCUACAUCACCAAAGCAAACCACAAAUUUUACUUAACUCCAGAGGAAACUGAUCCACAUCGCACAUGCAAGAGUAAGAAGUUUAUAAAAAAAGUUAUGUUCAGUUGUGCAGUGGCCAGGCCUCUAUUCAAUGAAGAUGGGAGUGUGUUAUUUGAUGGCAAGAUAGGGAUUUUCCCUUUCACUGAGAUGGUACCAGCCAAAAGAACAAGCAAGAACAGGCUGGCUGGAACAAUGGAGGAGAAGCCAAUCCAGUCCAUCACUAAAGGAGUGAUGAAGGACUGCUAUAUCUCCAAGUUAAUUCCAGCAAUUAUGGCCAAAUGGCCCCAAUUUGCAAGCAAAACUAUCUAUAUACAGCAAGACAAUGCGAGGCCACAUAUAUUGGACAAUGAUCCAGAUUGGAGAGCUGCGGCAACAGCCAAUGGCUUUGAUAUCCAUAUUGUACAACAACCUCCAAAUAGCCCAGACACCAACAUCAAUGACUUGGGUUGGUUUAGGGCUAUUCAAAGCUUGCAAGUACAGUCAGUUGCCACAAAUGAGCAUGAGCUAGUAAAAGCAGUUGAAAAAUCAUUUGAGGAGCUAAGUCCUCAUACUUUAAACUCUGUUUUCUUGAGCUUACAGGGAUGUUUAACUGAAAUUAUGAAAAUAAGAGGGCAGAAUUGUUACAAGCUUCCACACAUGAAGAAAGGAGUUCUUGCAAGACAAGGUGCACUUCCAAUGGCUUUAGAAGUGCCAAAAGAGCUUGUGGAAGAGUGCAUUGGCUAUUUGUUUGAAAAAGGAGUGGUGGAAGGCAUAGACCAACUGAAAAUGCAGUUGGGAUUAGACCCCUCUCCAUUUGAAGCAAUGGAGGCAGCCUUCAAUCAUUUGAAUAUGAUUGAGGAUGCCUCCAUUUAG